CAGUUGGGUUUUAAAUUUCGUACCGAUCGGUUCGGUUUGGACGGUCGUCGUCGUUGGACUUUGUGAGACUUUUUUUUGGAAGCUGAGCUGUUAUCGGGAACUGGAGUGGUUCUGUUGUCUUGUAUUGUGUUGUGACUGGUUUUUGUUUUUGUGGACGUGCCCUGAUUAGUUCGGUUAUUUUUUUUUGUCUGAUCGUUUGUGGUUAAGCUGCUUGCUUUGUGCUGAUUAGAGGCAGUGAACUUGGUGAUCAACCGUGCGGAUCGGCCGUUGCUUGCUUCAAGUUUGGUUGGGGAUCUUGGCAAAAAUGUUGAAUGCUGCCUAGAAGUUUGCGAUCUAGAUAGCUAAUAAACCUCCCACGAACGGCGUCACCAACCAAUCUCACCGCCUACUGCGAGCGCUCAUUAUAACUCCCCACCGGAAGUAACGCGAUCGCGCAGUCUCUCCUCGGCCGUCGCUCGCAACGGACCUCAAAUGAGCAAAAAGGGACACUUUGAUCCGCGGUUCAACAUCGGCGGCGGAGUGGCCGGAGGUGGCGGUGGCGGUGGAAACGCCGGGGACGGUUUAACGAACCGUGGCUUCUACCAGGACCUCACGGACGAUGGCGGCCGGUCGCUGGAUGCGACCGACUCGGCGGAGAAGCUGCCUCAGCUGACCGUGGCCAGGCCACACUACCAGCAGGAGGAGCUGAACAACGAGAUGAACUACCGGAAGCCAAAGACGCGGAUGUGUCAGACGGUGUUGGCCGGCGUGAAAUCGUUCAGUGCCCGGAGGUGCCUCGGCAAUGUGCUGCCGAUCUUCAACUGGCUGUCGGAGUACUCCUGGGAGCGGGACUUCCUGGCCGAUCUGAUCAGCGGUUGUACGGUGGCCGUGAUGCACAUCCCCCAGGGCAUGGGGUACGCCCUGCUCGCGAAUGUCCCCCCGAUCGUGGGAAUCUACAUGGCAUUCUUCCCGGUGCUGAUCUACUUUCUGCUCGGGACUUCGCGCCACAACUCGAUGGGCACGUUUGCGGUGAUCUCGAUCAUGGUAGGCAAGUCGGUGCUGACGCAUUCGACGGCCGGGGCGGCACUGAAGAUGGCCGAGUCGGGGAUUGUGAAUGGGACUGAAGGGGGUGGUGGUGGAGUUACGGUAGCAGAUGUUGCCUUGCCUGGAAGGGGGCCGAUCGAGGUGGCAGCGGCGGUGUGCUUUAUUGUGGGAGCGAUGCAGCUCCUGAUGUACGUCUGCCGGCUGGGCGUCGUCUCGUUCCUGCUCUCGGACACGCUCGUGUCGGGCUUCACCACCGGAGCGGCCAUCCACGUGCUCACGUCACAGAUAAAAGAUCUGCUCGGCCUGUCGCUGCCGCCCAUCACCGGCAACUUUAAGAUCGUCAACACGUACAUCGCCAUAUUCUCGGAUAUUGCCCGCGUCAACUACUCGGCGAUCCUCAUAUCAACCGUUACAAUUGUGUUGAUAGUGAUAAAUAAUGAGUUCCUCAAGCCAAAGGUUGCCAAACGGAGCGCCAUUCCGAUUCCGAUCGAGCUGAUUGCGGUCAUCAGUGGGACGCUGCUGUCGCAGUACCUGGGCCUGAACGAGCAGUAUGCCAUCAAGACGAUCGGCCACAUUCCGACCGGCUUCCCGGCGCCCUCCCUCCCGGACCUGGCCCUGUUCCGCGUCCUGCUGCUGGACUGCUUCACGAUCGCGAUGGUCGCGUACGCCGUGUCCGUCUCGAUGGGUCUGAUCUUCGCCCAGAAGCAAAACUACGAGAUCGACUUCAACCAGGAACUGCUGGCGAUGGGCGCCAGCAACGUGUUUGGAUCGUUCUUUUCGUGCAUGCCCUUCUCGGCGUCGCUUUCCCGCUCCAUGAUCCAGUUCACCGUUGGAGGGAAGACGCAGAUUGCUUCGGUUAUUUCGUGCGGGAUUUUGGCGGUGGUGUUGCUGUGGGUUGGACCGUUUUUUGAGCCACUGCCGAGGUGUGUUUUAGCGGGGAUCAUCGUGGUGUCGCUGAAGGGACUGCUGAUGCAGGUGACACAGUUUGUGGACUUUUGGCGGUUGAGCUGCGUGGACGCGCUCGUUUGGAUGGUGACCUUCCUGACGGUGGUGCUGGUCGCGAUCGACAUCGGACUGCUGGUGGGGAUCGCGCUGAGCGUGAUUUUCAUCUUCCUCAAGGGCAUGAAACCGUACACGUGCCUCAUGGAGAACGUCCCCAACACGGACCUGUACCUGGACGUGAAACGCUACAAGGGCACGAUCGACAUCGCCGGCGUCAAGAUCUUCCACUUUUGCGGAAGUCUCAACUUUGCGACCCGCGCCGGCUUCAAGUCCAGCCUCUGCCAGCUGCUGAACCUCAACCUGACCGAGGAGAUCAAGCAGCUCAACAGCGGAGACUACAAACGUCAGCAGAACCUACUGCGCUGCCUGGUUCUGGAUUUCACCGCGGUCAGUUACAUCGACACCUCGGCCGUUUCCUCGCUCAAGUCGCUGAUCAACGAGUUCGAUAAGCUGUCGAUCAAGAUCCUCGUCGCUGGGGCGCCCUGUCCGGUGUACGAGAUGAUGCUCAAAUGCAAGCUGGUGGGGCCGGCCGUUGAGCGGGAGUACUGCAAGGUGUUUCCCACGGUGCACGAUGCUGUGCACUGGGGCAAGGAGUGCAUCGCGCAGGACUCGGGUCGGAUUAGUGUCAUGGGGUUGGAGGGUGGAGUUGUGUGAGCAGCAGUUUUAGUGUUGUUCGUUUGGGGGAGUGUUGUUGUAUUUUUUAAGGAUUAAGUAUUAGAGGAAGUUUUGCCAGAAUGUGUAAGAAGAAAGACUUAAGUUAGGAUUGUGAUAAGCUAAUUAAUAAAGUCGAAAAAAUACAUUA